AUGGACAUGCUAAAGGAUCUUGAGUCCCUGCAGUUUGAACAUGGGAUUUCAGAGGAAGAUCGUACCUGGCUGUAUUUGCAGCACCGUUCUCGGGGACUGACGAUCACGGCCUGUGCCCAUGCAACCUUCUUCUGCAAACUAUAUUGUAAUUUGAGAAAAUCAUUACGUGAGAAUCAAAGUUCCAGAUGUUCCUCAACUGGAUCACUUGAUUUGGAUACUCCUGACGAGGAGUUAAAGAUGGGCAUCAUUGGAGGGGGCCACCUUGGGAAGCAGCUGGCUGAUGCACUGCUGCAGCUUGUCCCAAUCCCUGCUGAGAGCCUGAGGAUCUCCACUAGGAGGCCAGAGGCUCUGGAUGAGCUCCAGAAACUGGGGGUCCAAUGCUUUUACCAUAACUCUUAUCUGGUGGGUUGGGCCAACGUGAUAUUCCUCUGCUGCUUGCCAUCUCAGCUGCCUAAUAUCUGCUUAGAAAUUCAAAACAACCUUAAGAAGACCUGCACUGUGUACAGCUUUGUAGCUACCACUCCACUACCCAGGUUGAAACUACUACUGAACCACACCAAUAUCUUGCGGCCUCAAUAUCACUGUGUUCAGAAUUUUGUUAACAUCUGGGGGGCCAAUAAGAAAAUCACAGCUGCUCUCCAAGAUCCUGUGAUUCUUCAAGCGACCUGCCCCUACAGUCCUGCUGGGGGAAUAAUCCUCAAUAUCAAGUGGUUGGAGGGAGUGUUUUAUGCAGCCCUAAACAUCUGCACAGCAAGCAAUGUGGCCCACUCACAAGCGCUGCGGUUUCUGAAUGAACUAUUUCUCUCUGUGCACUUUGAAGACUGUGAGAAAGACACAGCAUCUUGCCCAAAAUUUCAGUUAACAAAUUUUGUCAGCAAAGCCUAUGUCAAGAACCUGUCUCAGAACAGGCCUCUCCCCUGGUUUGAUCUGAUUGCUACGCAAGUCAAGGAAACUCCCUUUAGCCAGCAUCUCUCAGCCAGUACUGUUCUCCAAGACCACCUUACUCAUCUGUACUGUAAUUCAUUUGGCAUCUCCCUAACCAAAGAACAGCCAGUGGUUUCCAUGGGCUCUCCAUCCCAGUAA